AUGCCCAAGCACGUUGAAGAGCUACAGGCGGCGGGGUUAUGUUACCGCAAUCCCCGGUCAAAAUGGUGCUCGGCACCAUUAAUUGUCAAGAUGCCCGAAGCGAACGAUUUUCGCAUGACUGUGGACGUCCGUCCAGUGAACGCACAGACGGAGCGCAUCAUUUGGCCGAUGCCGAUGCUGGAGGUGAUUUUGGAUCACCUCGCAGCCAGAUUCUUUCGCCUGCUCACAACAUUCUGCGACGUCAUGCUCAAGCGGUUGAGCGACAAGUUUGCCAAGGCGCCCGUGAGCGCUACGUCCGGGGAAGCCAAGGAGGAGGAUGACGUAAGUCUCUUCGGGGAAGCACCUGUGGCCGCGUCGUCGCGCACCAACAGCGGCAGUCAAAUCGUGUCGGCGGAGACCAUGGCCGCGGCGUCGGCGGCGGCGUCGGCGGCCGCCUCGGGCAUGUUUACGUUUAUGAAGAAAGCGCAGAGUGCGGCCACGUAUGCAGCCAAGGAAGGGUCGGCGAAGGUGAAGAAGGCGCUGGACGCGGCGGAUAUGGAUGCGUUGCAGCGGAAACUGAACCACGCGCUGGACGGACAUGCGUCCGUGGACAUUUCGACGCUCAACUUUACAUACGUCACGGACGACAUCAUCGCGAUGGGGUUCCCCACGCGAGGUAGCGGACACAAGUUGGGACCCAUCAAGGACAACCCCAUCGACGUCGUCGCGAAGCAUCUGAACACGGAACACAAGGGGCAUUACAUGAUCUGGAACCUCAGCGAGGAAUCGUACGACUACACGUACUUCGACAACCAAGUGCUCGAGUUCUACUUCCCCGGGCAUCCCGCUCCUCCUCUGGGUCUGCUGUUCAAGAUUUGCGCGUCCAUUGAGAGCUGGUGCGCCGCCGACCCGAACAACAUUGCAUGCGUCCACUGCCUCACGGGAAAGGGCCGCACGGGCACCGUGGUCGCAUGUUACCUCGCUUGGAUCGGUCUCUUCGACUCGCCCAUGGAAGCGCUCGAGCACGUCGGCGACCGCUGCCGCACGCCCGUGGAGCGUCUCACGAUUCCAUCGCAGCGGCGCUACUUGUCGUACUUUACCAACGUCCUGGACGGCGUCAAGCCGCGCAGCAUGCCGCUCCUCCUUCGCCGCGUCAUUCUCAACCAGAUCCCCAUCUUUGGCUCGCGCACCACAGUCGACAACGACAUGGGCGACUUGAGCCAAGUGAUGGAAGAAGAGGGCUGCUGUCCAUACCUGCAAAUCUUCAAAGGCGGCAAGCUCGUGUUUACGACCACAUGGACAGCCGCUAAAUCGGGGGGGGUGCCGUGGGUGAGCACGUCGGAGCUAUCGACGAGCUUCUCUGUGGACUGCAUGUUGCAGGGAGACAUUCUCAUCCGAUGCCGCCAUCUCACGGACGCCGGCGGCCGCGUGUCCAUGUUCCGCGCGGCAUUCCAUACUGGGUACAUUCCCCUCGGCAUCCUUCGCCUGACCAAGGGGCAGCUCGACGGCGCGUGUCAGGACAACCGAUUUGCGUCUGACUUUUUCGUGGAUUUGAUCUUUGCGCCGGUGCAAUCGACGGCAAGUGAUGACCAAGAUGGACGGAGCGAAGGCGUGGCUCUGUCGGCACAGGACAAGCACGCGUACGAUGACAUGUUGACGAAAGAUGAGCAGUUUUGGUCCGAUGUGGAUCAGCGCAAGGCGCGGAUGCUUGAAACGAAACAAGAUGAAGGAACGAAGAAGAAGAUGGCGACCACAUUUAGCAUCGUGGCCGACGUGGACGAUGUGCAUGUCGAGUACGAGCGCAAGGGAAGCUGGGAUGAAGGCCGUGAAAAGGACUUGAUGGACGCGCUCAAGGCGGCGGUGCCGCUUCCGUCGGAAGAACAAGAUGAUGGACAUGAUGAUGAUGAUGGAGUGGUGCAAGACAAUAUUCUUGAGCUGGAGGAUACAGCAGACGACGAUGCGACGUUUGACUUUGCAGACGACGACUUUGACGAGUUGGAAAAGUACUUGACGACGCUCACGACAAACGAGUAACCAGACGACGAAUAACUGAUAAGGUUGUCUCUUGUUUGUAGAUGGGACUACGAAUAACGUGGUGGUGGCCUCGUUUCAUCGACUACCAGUAGUAGUAGUAUGGUUGAAUGGCGUUAGAUUUGUCAUUCACUCUAUUGUGCAAUACACUAAUAAUAGUAAAUUUAUAAGUUUUC